AUGCCCUUCGUAGACGACGGCUUCGAGGCCCUUUUGGAGCCAUUCUACAACGGCAAGAAGCUCACGGACCCCGUCUCGACCAAGGAGGACAAGUUCCAGCUGCUGCCGGCAUUCCUCAAGGUCAAGGGUUUGGUCAAACAGCACAUCGAUUCGUACAACUUCUUCGUCGAGCACGAGAUCAAGGACAUUGUGCGCACCAACCGCACCAUCCGAAGCGAUGUCGAUAGCAACUUCUGGCUCGAGUUUACCGAUAUCCGCGUCGGCCGUCCGCGUCGGCAAGACCACAACGAUGCCAAGUCACGCACCGAGGUCACUCCCAUGGAAUGCCGGCUGCGCGACAUGACGUAUGCUGCGCCUAUCCUGGUCGACAUCGCCUAUAUCCGUGAUAAGACGAAGAUCGUUCGAAAGGGCGUCCCGUUGGGACGCAUGCCGGUCAUGCUCAAGAGCUCCAAAUGCAGGCUCAGCGGCGCCAACAAUGCUCAGAUGGAGGCCAUGAACGAAUGUCCGCUAGACCCUGGCGGCUACUUCAUCAUCAACGGCACAGAAAAGGUCAUUCUGAUCCAGGAGCAGCUGAGCAAGAACCGCGUCAUUGUCGAGGCCGACGAGAAGAACAACGUCAUUUCCGCUUCCGUCACCAGCUCGACACACGAACGAAAGUCCAAGACAUACGUCACUUUAAAGAAGGACAGAAUCGUGCUUACGCACAACGUUCUCGUCGAAGGCAUCCCCAUCGUCAUCAUCCUCAAAGCUUUGGGUGGCCUCUCCGACUACGAGAUCAUGCAGCUGGUGGCGGGCUCAGACGGCAGAUAUCAGGACGAGUUCAUCGUCAACUUCGACGAGGCAACCAAGGUCGGCGUGUUCACGCAGCACCAGGCACUCGAGUACAUCGGCGCCCGUGUAAAGAUGGGCUCGCGGCGAUCCCAGUUCGGACCCCAGGUCCGUCGGAAUAACGUGGAGGAAGGGCUCGACGCCUUGGCCAACCUGGUCAUUGCACAUGUUCCGAUCGAAGGGCUCGACUUUUAUCCCAAGGCCAUCUACGUCGCCAUGAUGACGCGUAGGGUGCUCAUGGCGUCGCAAGAUUCGAAGCUGGUCGAUGACCGAGACUUUGUCGGAAACAAGCGCCUGGAGUUGGCUGGUCAGCUCCUGUCACUCCUCUUCGAGGAUCUAUUCAAGCGCUUCAUGGGCGAGGUCAAGAUGUCCAUCGACAAGUUCUUGAAGAAGAACAAUCGAGCGGUUGCCCUUGAUGCCGUCCACAUGAUCAGCAAUCACGCCAACAAUAUCGGGCUCGGAAUCAACCGGGCCAUCCAGACCGGAAACUGGAGCGUCAAACGCUUCAACAUGAACCGAGCCGGCGUCACGCACGUGCUCAGCCGCCUUAGCUACAUCAGUGCCCUCGGCAUGAUGACCCGAAUCAGCAGUCAGUUCGAGAAGACCCGCAAAGUGUCUGGCCCUCGAGCCCUUCAGCCGUCCCAGUGGGGUAUGUUGUGUCCGUCGGAUACACCAGAAGGUGAAGCUUGUGGUCUCGUCAAGAACUUGGCUCUGAUGACGCACAUCACCACGAAUAUCGACGAAACACCAAUCAAGCGGUGGAUUUUCACGCUUGAUACCGGUGUUGAGCCCAUCAGAAACUUCUCGGGUGCCGAGAUGCAUCGCGAGGGCUCAUACAUCAUACACGUCAACGGCACGCCGUUCGCGUUAACAAGAUAUCCCAAGAGAUUCGCGUCCAAGUUUCGGACGAUGCGGCGGCGAGGUUGGAUAUCUCCUUUCGUCAGCAUCAACCUCAACUCUCACUUCAAUGCUGUCCAUAUCGCGACCGAUGAGGGUCGCAUUUGCCGUCCCUAUAUAAUUGUCAAGAAUGGUCAGCAAAAGCUCAAGCCUGAGCAUCUAAAGCUGCUGCAGCUUGGCAAGGCUACCUUUGACGAUUUCCUGACGAAGGGCAUCGUGGAGUAUCUUGAUGUCAACGAAGAGAACGACGCACUCAUCACUCUCUACGAAGAUCAGGUGACACAAAGCACGACACACUUGGAGAUUGAGCCAUUUACGCUGCUCGGCGCUGUCGCCGGCCUGAUUCCUUUCCCUCAUCACAACCAGUCGCCACGAAACACAUACCAAUGUGCCAUGGGUAAGCAAGCCAUUGGAGCCAUUGCAUACAAUCAGUUCAACCGAAUCGACACGCUACUCUACACUCUCGUAUACCCACAGCGGCCGAUGGUCAUCACCAAGACCAUCGAGCUCAUUCACUACGACAAACUUCCUGCAGGGCAAAACGCCACCGUCGUCGUCAUGUCCUAUUCAGGAUACGACAUCGAAGAUGCCCUCGUGCUGAACAAGGGGUCCAUUGACAGGGGCUUCGGGCGGUGCCAGGUAUUCCGCAAGUACACCACAGAAUUGCAAAAGUACCCCAACGGCAGGAGAGAACGAAUUGGAGACCCCGUCAGCGCAUCUGGCGGAAUGGGCCAGCGCGAAGCGAAGUACGAGGCACUCGACAACGAUGGCCUUGCCAUGGUCGGAUACAGAGUCAAAUCCGGAGAAGUCAUGGUCAAGAAGGAAACGCCCCUUGACCUGACAACCACCGGCAUCGGCAUGGACCGAGGGCCCAGCGAAUACCGCGAUUCCGCUGUCUCGUACCGUAUACCCGACCCUGCCUACAUUGACAAGGUCAUGAUCUCCCAAACGGAAAAGGAUACGACAGUCAUCAAGGUCCAGACGAGACAGACACGUCGCCCCGAGUUGGGAGACAAGUUCUCGUCUCGUCACGGUCAAAAGGGUGUGGUGGGCAUCAUCGUUGACAGCGAGGACAUGCCGUUUGCGGACAAUGGCCUGACACCAGACAUUAUCAUGAACCCUCACGGUUUCCCGUCUCGAAUGACUGUCGGUAAGCUUCUGGAGUGCUUGACAGGAAAGGCGUCGAUCGUCCACGGCCGGAAGGACUAUGGCUUCGGCGAUGCCUUCCGGUCGCAUCCGGUCGAGGAGAUGAGCCAAGUCCUCCUCGACCACGGCUUUUCCUGGGAGGGCAAAGACUACUUCACCUCUGGCCUCACCGGAGAGCCACUGGAGGCGUACAUCUUCAACGGCCCCAUCUAUUACCAGCGCCUGAAGCACAUGGUGCAAGACAAGAUGCACUCUCGCUCCAGGGGCCCCAGGGCCAUCCUGACCCGGCAGCCGACCGAAGGUCGUUCCAGGGACGGCGGCCUCCGUCUGGGAGAGAUGGAGCGCGACUGCUUGAUCGCGUACGGAGCGUCGCAACUGUUGCUGGAGCGGCUCAUGGUCAGCUCAGACGGCGUGGAGAUUGACAUUUGCCAGCAGUGCGGCCUGUUUGGAUACCGCGGCUACUGCCACACGUGCAAGAGCACGAGGGAGGUGACCAAGAUGUCCAUGCCCUACGCGGCCAAGCUGCUGGUGCAGGAGCUCAUCAGCAUGAACGUCGGUGUGCGUCUGCAGCUCGAGGACGAGUUUCCGCACCCGCGGUCAUGA